GUACGGGUGCCUGGCGGGCUCUCCCGGAAGUCCAUGAGCCACUGGGAGGGCCGCAGUGGCUGCUGUGUGCCCUUGUUGCCGAGGGCCUCUUCUUGGGUCAUUUCUGCAGAAGAGCUGGACUGAGGCUGACACCGAAGUUCCCGCGUGGCGGUCUCCGCCCCUGUGUGACCUCCUCGCCGGCAGAAUGUGGCGACUAUGCCGGACCGCCGUGGCCUGUGAGGUCUGCCAAUCCUUAGUGAAACAUAGUUCUGGAAUAAAAGGAAGCUUACCAUUACAAAAACUGCAUCUGGUUUCACGAAGUGUAUAUCAUUCACAUCAUCCUACCUUAAAGCUUCAGAGACCCCAAUUCAAGACAUCACUUCAACAAUUCUCUUCUCUAACUAACCUUCCAUUACGUAAAUUGAAACUUUCUCCAAUUAAAUACGGCUACCAGCCCCGCAGGAAUUUUUGGCCAGCGAGAUUAGCUGCAAGACUCUUAAAACUUCGGUAUCUCAUAUUAGGGUCUGCUGUUGGCGGUGGCUAUACAGCCAAAAAGACUUUCGAUCAGUGGAAAGAUAUGAUACCUGACCUUAGUGACUAUAAAUGGAUUGUGCCUGACAUUGUGUGGGAGAUUGAUGAAUAUAUCGAUUUAGAGAAAAUUAGAAAAGCUCUUCCUAAUUCAGAGGACCUUGCAAAAUUAGCACCUGAUUUGGAUAAGAUUGUUGAAAGCCUCAGCUUAUUGAAGGACUUUUUCACCACAGGUCACAAAUUGGUUAGUGAAGUCAUAGGAGCUUCUGACCUACUUCUCUUGUUAGGUUCACCUGGAGAAACGGCAUUUAGAGCAACAGAUCAUGGAUCUGAAAGUGAAAAGCAUUAUAGAAAGGGUCUGCUUGGUGAGCUCAUUCUCUUACAAAAGCAAAUUCAAGAGCACGAAGAAGAAACGCGCAGAGCUGCUGGCCAAUAUAGCUCGAGCUAUGCCCAACACAAGCGCAAGAUUUCAGACAAAGAGAAAAUUGACCAACUUCAAGAAGAACUUUUGCAUACUCAGUUAAAGUACCAGAGAAUCUUGGAACGGUUAGAAAAAGAAAACAAAGAAUUGAGAAAAUUAGUAUUGCAGAAAGAUGACAAAGGCAUCCAUCACAGAAAGCUCAAGAAAUCUUUGAUUGACAUGUAUUCCGAAGUUCUUGAUGUUCUAUCUGAUUAUGAUGCCAGUUACAAUACCCAAGAUCAUCUGCCGAGGGUUGUUGUGGUUGGAGAUCAGAGUGCUGGAAAAACUAGCGUGUUGGAAAUGAUUGCUCAAGCACGAAUGUUUCCGCGAGGAUCUGGGGAGAUGAUGACACGCUCUCCAGUUAAGGUGACUCUGAGUGAAGGUCCUCACCAUGUGGCCUUGUUUAAAGAUAGUUCUCGAGAGUUUGAUCUUACCAAAGAGGAAGAUCUUGCAGCAUUAAGACAUGAAAUAGAACUUCGAAUGAGGAAAAAUGUGAAAGAAGGCUGCACUGUUAGCCCUGAGACCAUAUCCUUAAACGUAAAAGGUCCAGGACUACAGAGGAUGGUGCUUGUUGACUUACCAGGUGUGAUUAAUACUGUGACAUCAGGCAUGGCUCCUGACACAAAGGAAACCAUUUUCAGUAUCAGCAAAGCUUAUAUGCAGAAUCCUAACGCCAUCAUACUAUGUAUCCAAGAUGGAUCAGUGGAUGCUGAACGCAGCAUUGUUACAGACUUAGUCAGUCAAAUGGAUCCUCAUGGAAGAAGGACGAUAUUUGUUUUGACCAAAGUAGACUUGGCAGAGAAAAAUGUGGCUAGUCCAAGUAGGAUUCAGCAGAUAAUCGAAGGGAAGCUCUUCCCAAUGAAAGCUCUAGGUUAUUUUGCUGUCGUAACAGGGAAAGGAAACAGCUCUGAGAGCAUUGAAGCUAUAAGAGAAUAUGAAGAAGAAUUUUUUCAGAAUUCAAAACUCCUAAAGACAAGCAUGUUAAAGGCACACCAAGUGACUACACGGAACUUAAGCCUGGCUGUAUCAGACUGCUUUUGGAAAAUGGUACGAGAGUCAGUUGAACAACAGGCUGAUAGUUUCAAAGCAACACGUUUUAACCUUGAAACUGAGUGGAAAAAUAACUAUCCUCGCCUGCGAGAACUUGACCGGAAUGAACUAUUUGAAAAAGCUAAAAAUGAAAUCCUCGACGAAGUUAUCAGUCUGAGCCAGGUCACAGCAAAACAUUGGGAGGAAAUCCUUCAACAGUCUUUGUGGGAAAGAGUAUCAACUCAUGUGAUUGAAAACAUCUAUCUUCCAGCUGCACAGACCAUGAAUUCAGGGACUUUUAAUACUACUGUGGACAUCAAGCUUAAACAGUGGACUGAUAAACAACUUCCUAAUAAAGCAGUAGAGGUUGCUUGGGAGACCCUCCAAGAAGAAUUUUCCCGCUUCAUGACAGAACCAAAAGGAAAAGAGCAUGAUGACAUAUUUGAUAAACUUAAAGAGGCUGUUAAGGAAGAAAGUAUUAAACGCCACAAAUGGAAUGACUUUGCAGAGGACAGCUUGAGGGUUAUUCAACACAAUGCUUUAGAAGACCGGUCCAUAUCUGAUAAACAGCAGUGGGAUGCAGCUAUUUAUUUUAUGGAAGAAGCUCUUCAGGCCCGUCUGCAGGAUACUGAAAAUGCAAUUGAAAACAUGGUAGGUCCAGAUUGGAAAAAGAGGUGGUUAUACUGGAAGAAUCGGACUCAAGAACAGUGUGUUCACAAUGAAACCAAGAAUGAAUUGGAGAAGAUGUUGAAAUGCAAUGAGGAGCACCCAGCUUAUCUUGCCAGUGAUGAGAUAACUACAGUCCGGAAGAACCUUGAAUCCCGAGGAGUAGCAGUAGAUCCAAGCUUGAUUAAGGAUACUUGGCACCAAAUUUAUAGAAGACAUUUCUUAAAAACAGCUUUAAACCAUUGUAACCUUUGUCGAAGAGGCUUUUAUUACUACCAAAGGCAUUUUGUAGAUUCUGAGUUGGAGUGCAAUGAUGUCGUCCUGUUUUGGCGAAUACAGCGCAUGCUUGCUAUCACUGCAAAUACUCUAAGGCAGCAACUUACAAACACUGAAGUCAGACGAUUAGAGAAAAAUGUUAAAGAGGUAUUGGAAGAUUUUGCUGAAGACAGUGAGAAGAAGGUUAAAUUGCUUACUGGUAAACGAGUCCAGCUGGCUGAAGACCUCAAGAAAGUUAGAGAAAUUCAAGAAAAACUUGAUGCUUUUAUUGAAGCUCUUCAUCAGGAGAAAUAAUUGUAGUAAAAUCCUACUCAAUAUAAUCACCUCUGCACACAACUGAAGAAAGAAAACUCCAAAGUCUUUUGUCCUCCCUUUUUUCUUCCCACCUUUCUAAAUAUAAAAUAAAGUCAUGGGGUAAAAAUAAUUUAUGAGUGUUAGAGGCACUUUAACCACCAGCUGCCUUUUGAAUAAAAAACAGUGGAAAUGAUAUUAACAUCCAAUUUAUUGUAUUGAAGUGACAAACUGGGAUAAUAUAAGUGGUAUAUGGCCAUUAGGUUCAGUCCUUGAAGACAAGAAACUUGCUCUCCUGCUUGUUGUCUCAUGUGUGGUGCACUGGUUCAACUAAUUCAUUAGUUGAUGUUAUUUGAUGGCAGUUUCUUCUCCAGAAAAAGAAUGCUAGGUGUUUUGAAAUAAAACUUACAGCAAUUUUCUAAAAAAUAUCAAUUGUAUAUAAAAUAAUGGUAACUUGCUAAGUUGUUAUCUGCAUCUGUAAUAUUCUAUAUCCGGAAACUAUUUGACCAUGACAAUUCAGUUUAUAUUGAUCAUGAAAGAAAACCAGUUAUCAGAAGAACCCCUCAGAUAGGUUAAUGUGGAUUGCAAUUCCGUGUGCAUUCAGUGAAUGAGAUUUCAAUUCUCAGUGACAGCUUGGAGAGUCGCCCUUGGAAGCUAAGUCAGUAGCAGCUUACCUGUUUGAUUCAGUUGAUAUUUUUGUACUCACUGUAUACAUUUGAAAUUCAUUCAUUUUGGAUGUUGUAUGCUUGAGCUAGGCUUUCUGUUAAGUGUUUUUUACCUGUUGACAGAGCUAUUAGAUUGUGACAUAGGACAAGGAAGAUUAAGAAUAAUCCAUUGACUAAUUUCAUUUAGACUGUUGUCAAACAUUUCAACUAAGCAUCAGUAAAAGGUUUUCUUUCAUUAAGACUGUAUUUUAAAUAGAAGUUAUUUCAACAAUUAAAAUAAUGUUGACCAUCCCCCUCUUUUCAUGUUUAAAGAAAAAUAAAGCUUAAUGCUUAAAAAAAAGAAAGAAAAAUAAAGUUUAAAUCAUUGCAGUUCAAUUAUAAUAAUACCCUCACAGCAUUUUCAUGUGUUCUAUAUAUUUUUUUUUACUGGCUGAAAGACUUUAAAGCAAAGAAAUAUGCCAUUUUUAACUAAAAAUGUCUUUCUCAUUUAACUCUGCUCUUUGCUGCCAUUUCCUUAAGCCUUUAUUAUUCUAAUAAAAGUGCCCACUCUGUGACAGCUUUUAUUUUAGAGUUUAUACUUAAUUUUUCAGGUUUUUUUUGUUGUAUUUUGGUAAUAGUUCCUUUGCCACCCACAUGAUUGUUUGUUUGUCACAUUCCUCACUGUGAUCACUGUCACGAUCUGACACUAUGCAAGGUUGAAGGAUAUCACGGAAUAUUUCAGAAAUUGAGAAUUCAGUAAAUACUUAUUUUGUAGUGUUUGAUAGGAAAAUUAGAUCCUUUCAGAAGCCUCUAGCUGCAGUGCACAUUGUUAUGGUGGGUGAGUAGUCAAGUACAUUUCAUGUGUCCUUUGGGUCUAGGGAUAGUGGAUGAACAGAAGGGAGUAGAGCUCCCACUGUUUUCUGCAGCGAUUAGAGGGGGCCUCGCUGGGUGACUGCCUCGCCAGUGCCGGCCCCUCCCUGAAGCAGACACCAUGCAGUUAUUAAUAUCUUUGCAGUUGUAAAACAACCACUUUAAAAACCUAUUUUCUAAAGAAAAAUAUAGGACCAUAUUAAUUUCUGUGAGCUGUAGAUAGGAAGAAGUGCCCUCAGCUGUAUUUCUACACAUUUCUCCCAAGCAAAAGGCUGAUGUUAAGUCAGUAUUUUUGUCAUACCUCUUUUUGUAAAUUUAGGAAAGGAGGGUAGUUUAUCUUCAUUUCUUUGAGAUAAUUUAAAUAUAAAUAUUAGAUAAAAUUUCCACGUAAGAGUCCAGAUAUUCCCCCACCCCGCUCAAUGAUAGAACUUUUUUCUUUCAUGGAUUAUAUAAUUUUUUUUCCUUUUUACCUGAUAUCAUCCUAAGCAUGCCUUUUCUUCCCUUGCAAGCUACGUAUUUAUUAAGUACAAAUGUUUCUAAAAAACAAACAAAAUUUGGAUUCUUAACAGUAAACCCUGUGUAUUGUAUCUAGUACAAAAAGUAAUGAUUCAAACAGAUCACUUCAGAAAUUCAAUAUGUAGAAGUUAAAUUCUAACUAGACCAGGAAUUAUUUGUUUUUCAUGCCAGAAUCUGCAAAGACUUGAGUGAACAAAGCUCUGUAUGGAAGACUGAACAACUGUAAAUAGAUUAUAUCUAAAAUCUACUCAGUCAGGAUAUCAAUUUUAGAAAGUAUAUGUAGGCAAUGCACAGUAGGAACCUAACAGUUCUUGCUGCUUCAUGGUUGAACCAACUGAGCUGUAGUUUUAAGUGAAGCAAUCAGCCUUUCUUAGUAGAUUAAUUAUAUUCUCUCCUCUUUGUAUUAUUCCCCCUUUUCCAGGCUUUAAUCCAACAGACUCUUCCAACAAAUAAAUUAGCUUCCAAAUGCAAAUGAAUAGUAUAACAAGGAGCAGGAACAUUGCAGAGAGUGUUGCUACCUAACCUUAUAAUUUGGGAAUUUGAAAAUUGAUGAUUCAGAGUUGUAGGUUAGAUAAACUCCUGAACUGGUUAAUAAUUUUGUAUUUAUUUAUUUUAGAUGUGCUUAUCUGUGAAUGAAAUAUGGCAGUUUUCCAAUAAAGGGGAUCAAAGUAAUGCUUUUAAUCUCAGUCUGCUAAACUGGUAUGUGCCAUAGUUUCAGGCUUCAAUACUAGGUAUGUGCUUACACAUAUGCUUACCUUUUGAACAAUCAUGGCUGUCUGUAUGUUUAAGUAUUUAAAACUCAGCCUUGUUUUUACUUGUGCACUGUGAGUGAACUUUGUAUUAUUUUUAAAAACGUUUACAUUACAUGUAUGUGUUACUGGAAUUUAUAUUUGCUUGUGCCUGAUUUACGGUCAUUUGUGUAGAUGAACAAUUAAAGACAUUUAAGUCACAUUAUAAUUCUA